AUGGCUUCCAAACAAAUAGUUCCUCCCUUUAAAAACAUCUAUCAUAAAAGACUUGUUGCUCAAGCAUCAUCUCGUGCUUGUUUUAUUUGUUGUAAACCAACUGCCACCGUUCUUGUGUCUAAUGAUGGAAAGGAUACUGGUUUUGCAACGCCUGUAAUUGAUCAGGAGGUUGAAAAUGCAAAGUCAAAGCUUGCACAAAUUGAACCCGAAAUCACUGCCCUCACGCAAUCGGUGACUGCCAAACGUAAAGAAGCAGAGCCAGGAUAUCUUGCUUCAUUUUUUAAAAAGAAGUCCAAGGAUACUGAAAAAAAGGAUGAUAAAAAAGAUAGCAAGAAAGAUGACAAGGAAGAAAAUAAGGAAACUUCUAGUGCUGCUCUUACCACGAACAACUCUUGGGAUCGGGAACAAGCUCUUCUCGAUAAGCUUUUAGAAACGCAGGAAUCGCUCAAAGCUAUCAUCGACAAGCCACCGCGAGUCUUUAACCUUGACAAGCAUUACUAUAUUAUGCGCAUUAACUCACAUCGCUCUGCCCAACUUAGUAAAAAGGUUGACCAAAUGCUCAGCAAUCCUCUUACUUUUCCCAAAGUCCCCACCCACAUUCCAGGCUCGGAACAAAAGCAGGAACCAAAAUCAUCACAAUCACCAAACGGCUCAGCCAUUACUAUUUUGGAAACUAUAUUUGUUAUUUUUAUAUCCUAA